AUGACAGUCUUUUCUUUGGGAUUGUCCGUCGUACUCGCCUUGCCGGUGACUUUCAGUGCAUCACUCGGUCAGAUAGGAGACUUGACGCGAAACAUCUCGUGGCUCUACUGGGUGAACCGAAUACCUCCUCGCGCGUUGGCAUACCUUCAGGGCGCUGUACCUCAACUGCUUGUCGCUGCGGUGGUAGCGCUUGUUCCGUCGCUUCUGCGAUAUCUUUCCUCUUGGCAUUGUCAUGUCAGUUAUGCUCAGGCCGAGAUAGCGUACUAUAGAUACUACUCGGCCUUCCUCUUCUUACAAGCUUUCUUGCUAGUGUCAAUCUCGUCGAGUUUGAUGGUCACAUUGUCUGAAGUCCUGAACAAGCCAUCAGCAAUACCCAGAGUGCUGGCCUUGAAUCUCCCCAAAGCCGGUAACUAUUUCAUCUCUUUCUUGACUUUACAGGGAUUUUCACUUUUCGCAGACAUGAUUGCGCAAUGGGCUUAUCUUCUCAAGAAAACAUUCAAGAGCCGUUUCUUGAGCUCGACGCCCCGUCAUCUCGCCGCGGUCGCCUCACAGGAUCCUUUCUCCAUAACAGGGAUGUACUCGACAGUCGCGCUUCUGGGAGUGAUCGCUAGGCUCGGGUAA